GUUUGGCACUGACGAUCUAUACAGAGGCUCAACCUAUUUAUAUUGCGAAGGGCACAUCGAAAUAGAAAUACAAGAUGUAUCGCAUGGUCUCCAUCGCCGAGGCCCAGAAAACUGUGCUGAAUGCGAUUGAGCCCCUGCCAUCAAUCUCGUUGGGCCUUUCAGAUGCUGUUGGACACAUUUUGGGGGAGGAUGUGAUCGCAAGGGAGCCUCUGCCACCCUUUCCUGCCUCGAUCAAGGAUGGGUACGCUGUGGUUUCCGCCGAUGGGCCAGGGGACUAUGAUGUUGCAUUCGAAGCCCUGGCUGGCACAGCUGCUGGUCAAUUGAAGGCCGGCAGUGUCGCUUACAUCACCACAGGCGCACCACUGCCGGAUGGAGCGGACGCAGUCGUGCAGGUUGAGAACACAGAGAAGCUGCCAGCCGGCCCUGAUGGACAGCAGCGGGUCCGCAUUGUCAAGCCAGCAAAGGGGCCGGGGGACGAUGUGCGAGCACUGGGAUCAGACAUAGCAGCUGGAGAGGUGGUUCUUGCAAAGGACAGCCUGGUCGGGGCAGCAGAGAUCGGCCUGCUGGCCACCGUGGGCGCUGCCACUGUUCAGGUGCGAAGAAAGGCGCGCGUGGCGGUGCUGUCGACAGGGGAUGAGCUGGUGGAGCCAGAUCAGGAAACCUUGGGCCCCGGCCAAAUCAGGGACGCCAACAGAUUCAUGCUGGCCGCCGCCGCGCGCUCGGCCGGCUGCGAUGUUACGGACCUCGGCAUUGCGCGGGACGACCCGGCCGAGGUAGAAGCCAAGUUUGGGGAAGCCAUUGCCCAGGGGGUAGACGUCCUUCUCACCUCAGGCGGCGUCUCGGUGGGUGACAGGGAUUUCAUCAAGCCGAUACUGGAGCGACAGGGGACCGUGCACUUCGGCAAGGUGUGCAUGAAACCGGGCAAGCCGUUGACUUUCGCGACCCUUGACGGCGCAGCGGGCAGUUCGGGCAGGGGGUUAGUCGUGUUUGGGCUGCCCGGCAAUCCAGUCAGCAGCAUCGUCACCUUCAACCUCGUCGUGCUGCCAGCCCUGCGCGCCAUGGCCGGCUGGGCGGAGCCGCGGCUGCGGCGGGUGCAUGCGCGGACGCAGUCGGCCAUCAAGCUCGAUCCGGAGAGGCCAGAGUACCACCGAGCCAGCCUCAGCUGGCACAGGACGGGUGAGUCAGCAGGUGAGCUGGCGGCCGCCAGCACGGGCGGCCAGAUCAGCAGCCGCUUACUAAGCAUGCGCUCCGCCAACGCCCUCCUAGAACUGCCCGCUGUGCAAGGGGUGUUGCCAGCUGGCAGCCUGGUGUCAGCGUUGCUCAUAGAUGACCUGAGCGCCAUGCCUGUGCCAGAAGACAUCCCAUUGGUUGUCCCAUCCUGGUGA